UGUAUUGGCCCGGAACCAGCCAAUGAGGAGCAGUCAGGGAGGCGGACUCAGCCGUUGCCAGGGUUGGGUGCACCGCUGAACGGAUGGCAGGAGGAGUCGAGCGGGUUCUUGAGGAACGCCGGCCAGCUAUUUGAUUGUCUUCUGUUGCUGCCCUUGAUGUCAAGAUGACUAAGCUUGGAUUUUUGCGGUUGUCCUACGAGAAGCAGGACACACUUCUGAAGCUUCUCAUUCUAUCAAUGGCUGCUGUGUUAUCUUUCUCCACUCGUCUCUUUGCUGUCCUGAGAUUUGAAAGUGUUAUCCAUGAGUUCGAUCCGUAUUUUAAUUAUCGAACUACUCGGUUCCUGGCUGAGGAGGGAUUUUAUAAAUUCCAUAACUGGUUUGAUGACCGGGCCUGGUACCCUUUGGGACGAAUCAUUGGAGGAACAAUUUACCCAGGCUUAAUGAUCACCUCUGCUGCAAUCUACCAUGUUCUUCAUUUUUUCCACAUCACCAUCGACAUUCGGAAUGUCUGUGUGUUCCUGGCCCCUCUCUUCUCCUCCUUCACCACCAUCGUCACGUACCACCUUACCAAAGAGCUCAAGGAUGCAGGGGCUGGGCUUCUUGCUGCUGCCAUGAUUGCUGUAGUUCCUGGAUAUAUCUCCCGAUCUGUGGCUGGCUCCUAUGAUAAUGAAGGGAUAGCCAUCUUUUGCAUGCUCCUCACCUACUACAUGUGGAUCAAGGCAGUGAAGACUGGUUCCAUCUAUUGGGCAGCCAAGUGUGCUCUUGCUUAUUUCUAUAUGGUUUCUUCAUGGGGAGGUUAUGUGUUCCUGAUCAACUUGAUUCCUCUCCAUGUUCUGGUGCUGAUGCUCACAGGCCGUUUCUCUCACCGGAUUUAUGUGGCCUAUUGUACUGUUUACUGCCUGGGCACCAUUCUUUCCAUGCAGAUCUCCUUUGUGGGUUUCCAGCCUGUCCUUUCAUCAGAGCACAUGGCAGCCUUUGGAGUGUUUGGUCUUUGCCAGAUCCAUGCCUUUGUGGAUUACCUGCGCAGCAAAUUGAAUCCACAGCAAUUUGAAGUUCUUUUCCGGAGUGUCAUCUCCCUGGUAGGCUUUGUCCUACUCACUGUGGGAGCUCUCCUCAUGCUGACAGGAAAAAUAUCUCCCUGGACGGGGCGUUUCUACUCACUGCUGGAUCCUUCUUACGCUAAGAACAACAUCCCCAUCAUUGCUUCUGUGUCGGAACAUCAGCCCACAACCUGGUCAUCCUACUACUUUGAUCUGCAACUCCUUGUCUUCAUGUUUCCAGUUGGUCUCUAUUACUGCUUUAGCAACCUGUCUGAUGCCCGGAUUUUUAUCAUCAUGUAUGGUGUGACCAGCAUGUACUUUUCAGCUGUAAUGGUACGUCUAAUGCUGGUGUUAGCACCUGUUAUGUGCAUUCUUUCUGGCAUUGGAGUUUCUCAGGUACUGUCCACAUAUAUGAAGAAUCUGGACAUAAGUCGCCCAGAUAAGAAGAGCAAGAAGCAACAGGAUUCUACUUACCCUAUUAAGAAUGAAGUGGCAAGUGGGAUGAUAUUGGUCAUGGCUUUUUUUCUAAUCACCUACACCUUUCAUUCAACCUGGGUGACCAGCGAGGCCUACUCUUCUCCUUCCAUUGUACUGUCUGCCCGUGGCGGGGAUGGCAGUAGGAUCAUUUUUGAUGACUUCCGAGAAGCAUAUUACUGGCUCCGUCACAAUACUCCAGAGGAUGCAAAGGUCAUGUCAUGGUGGGAUUAUGGCUAUCAGAUUACAGCUAUGGCAAACAGGACAAUUUUAGUGGACAAUAAUACGUGGAAUAAUACCCAUAUUUCUCGAGUAGGGCAGGCAAUGGCAUCCACAGAAGAAAAAGCCUAUGAGAUCAUGAGGGAGCUUGAUGUCAGCUAUGUGCUUGUCAUUUUCGGAGGCCUUACUGGGUAUUCCUCUGAUGAUAUCAACAAGUUUCUUUGGAUGGUUCGGAUUGGAGGAAGCACAGACACAGGCAAACAUAUCAAGGAAAAUGACUAUUAUACUCCAACUGGGGAAUUCCGUGUGGAUCGUGAGGGUUCUCCAGUGCUGCUCAACUGCCUUAUGUACAAGAUGUGUUACUACCGCUUUGGGCAGGUCUACACAGAAGCCAAACGUCCACCAGGCUUUGACCGUGUCCGAAAUGCUGAGAUUGGUAAUAAAGACUUUGAGCUUGAUGUCCUGGAGGAAGCAUAUACCACAGAACAUUGGCUGGUCAGGAUAUAUAAGGUAAAGGACCUGGAUAAUCGAGGCUUGUCAAGGACAUAAAUGUCACACAUCCAGCUCUGAUACGCUUUGCACUGAGCGCAUCAUAUUUAGAAUGUUGAAGAUUUUUUUUAUAUGCAGUUUAUAAGAACAGAGCCGGAUGACAUUAGAAUUGUCUGGAAGUUUUGCCCUGGACAGUAUGGGCUGGGCCAAAAUGGAAUGAUUUUUAUAAUUCUGAGCAGGUUACCAAAUGAAAUGUCAUGGAUUUACUUUGGUCAAUUAAAGGGGGGAAUUUUUUUUAAAAAUGUGCCUUAUUUGUUUUGACUUAAUGGCCGAUUUGAAGACAAAAGUUUAUGCUGGGUUGCUCAAAGGAUAUAUAGCUAAGAGCUCUUUAUCAGUGCUCUUAGCUCCCUGAGCCAGGUAGGAGGAGCAUUCAUUUUCUCUUAUAUCAGGAAAACUAUUAAGGACUAGCUCUGACUCUACAUAUAUAAAGUUUUGUCAUACUGUCUGUAUUAUAGCACUUAGUAUGAUGCCUUGCACAUAGUAGGUGCUCAAUAAAUUUUUAUCAAA